AGAAGAGGAGCAACACUGUUCAACAAUGUCGAAGCGAGGCUUAAGGCAAACAGCUAAUUAAAUCACUUCGAAUUUGACUUCCAAAUUUUGACAAAGGGGAGGAGCUGGCUAAUGUUUGUUCUCUCCUAAAAUCAGUAAUGCAGUAAUAUCCGGACCCAUCUGGCUAGUAUCUCGACUAAUCCGCUGGAUACGUGCAACUAGCAUUGGGGGACAAUUCUUUUCAGAAGCUGAUGGCUGGAAAAACAGGGUCGACGCCAGCGACCUAUUCACCAUCUCCAGCAACGCACAAGAAGAAGAGAAUCCCCAUUACUGAUGCUGAUUGGGUUCGUCCUGAUAAUCGUGGCUUCUAUCAGUGCCGUCCUGCUUAUCUGAGGACUGGUGCUGUGAGUACUGCUGCAGGAUCAGCAUAUGCAGAGUUUGGAAACACCAAGGUCAUCGUAUCUGUGUUUGGGCCAAGGGAAAGUAAGAAAGCAAUGAUGUACAGUGAUACAGGACGCUUAAAUUGUAAUGUUAGUUACACAAGUUUUUCCACCCCUAAUCGUGGGCAGGGAUCAGACAACAAGGAACUUUCCUCAAUGUUACACAAAGCUUUAGAGGGUGUUAUAAUUCUGGAAUCCUUCCCAAAGACUUGUGUGGAUGUUUUUGCUUUGGUAUUGGAAUCCGGUGGAAGUGAUCUCCCCGUGGUCAUAUCAUGUGCUAGUCUAGCUUUAGCAGAUGCAGGAAUUUUGCUGUAUGACUUGGUUGCCUCAGUUUCGGUAUCUUGUCUUGGAAAGAACCUUGUCAUCGAUCCCAUUUUUGAGGAAGAAAGCUACCAAGAUGGAAGCUUAAUGAUAACUUGUAUGCCUUCGCGUAAUGAGAUCACUCAACUGAUUGUAACUGGAGGAUGGUCAACACCAAAGAUUAACGAGGCAAUGGAGCUAUGCCUUGGUGCUUGCUUCAAACUUGGAGAGGUAAUGAGAUCAUGUUUAAAAGAUGCUGUCACUGAUUUAAAAGAAUAGAGCAUCACUACUUUGUGCCUUGACGCAGUGAAGUGUCUAUGCUUGUUUUCGUCAUCUCAAAAAGUGGAAGUUCUUUAAAAUACUUUUUAUCUGUACUUCUCCCACACCUUUUGUUCCUCUUGUCUUAUCCUUUAUAUUCACUCCUCUAUUUUCAUUAA